AUGGUCACCAAGAAGGACAGAACUUGGAGAAUGUGCAUUGAUUUUUCCGAUCUUAAUAACGCUUGUCCGAAGGAUUGUUACCCCCUUCCAGAGAUUGAUUUUAAAAUCGAUUCUUUGGCAAGUUUUCGUCUUAAAUGCUUCCUGGAUGCAUACAAGGGUUACCACCAGAUACAAAUGGCUUUGGGUGAUGAAGACAAAACGACAUUUGUGACAAACGAAGGACUUUUUUGUUAUACCAAAAUGCCAUUCAGAUUAAAGAAUGUUGGAGUGACCUAUCAGAGAUUGAUGGAUAAAGCAUUUAAGGACCAAAUCGGAAGAAACCUAGAAAUUUAUGUGGAUGAUCUGGUCAUCAAAAGCGAGGCCGAAGAUAAUAUGAUCGAUGACAUACUCGAAACCUUCACCAGGCUUCGGAGUAUCAAUCUCAAACUAAACCCUAAAAAAUGUUCCUUCGGCCUAGAGGAAGGAAAGUUUUUGGGAGUAUGGAUAACUCAAUCCAGAAUUCAGGCACCUCCGUAUAAAAUUCAACCUGUAAUCUCCAUGCAACCUCCGAAGACGGUGAAAGAAAUCAAGUCUCUAAAUGGCAAACUCGUGGCUCUUCAUCGAUUUAUCUCCAAAGCAGGUGACCAUACCAUUCCUUUUAUGAAUGUGCUAAAAAAGCGAACCGGUAAAGGUCAGAUAGAAUGGACAGAAGAGGCUAAUUCGGCAUUUCAGGAAUUAAAAGUUUGGCUUGGGUCCCUACCCACAUUAACCGCACCAGUCACCGGGGAGACCAUCACCGUAUAUCUCUCAGCUUCUCACUUUGCCAUCAGUGCAGAACUUGUGGUGCACCGAAAUCAAGCACAAAUACCGGUUUACUACGUGAGUCGCGUCUUGAAAGAUUAUGAAACCCGGUACCCGAUGAUUGAAAAAUUGGCGCUUGUCUUGGUACAUGCAUCCAGACGACUCCGAAGGUAUUUUCAGGCCUUCAACAUAGAAGUACAAACAAACCUUCAAAUCCAGCAAAUCCUGAGAAAACUAGAAGUCUCUGGACGACUCACCAAGUGGGCCAUUGAGCUCAGUGCUUUCGAGAUUACCUACCGGACCAGAGGACCGGUAAAAGGCCAAGCAGUCGCUGAUUUUCUUACGGAAGUUCCUACCGGUGAAAGCAUCAAGGAUAAGACCAGUCUUCCAAAAGUUUGGAAUUUAAACACAGACGGAGCAUCUAGCAAAGAAGGGUCCGGAGCUGGCUUAAUUCUGAUAGAUCCGGAAGGGAUAGAAUACACUUACGCCCUGCGUUUCGAAUUCAAGACAUCGAACAACGAAGCCGAAUACGAAGCUCUUUUAGCCGGACUCCAAACAGCAGCCAAGGCAGGUGCGAGUUCUGUUUUAGCUCACGUUGAUUCACUACUGGUUUCCAAUCAAGUUAACGAAGAAUACGAGGCAUGGGAAGAAAACAUGGUUCGGUAUCUAAACCAAGUCAACAGUUUGACGUCCAUGUUUGACUCCUGCAAGGUAGUUCAUAUCCCCAUAAGUAAGAAUAAGAAAGUUGAUGCUCUGAGUAAGCUUGCAGCCGUCGCGUUUUGUCAUUUGUCCAAGGAAGUGCUAGUUGAGACACUGCAAACCCCAGCCAUUGAACAGGCUGAAGCUGUAAUGUCAAUCUCCAUUCAAGAAAAAACAAGGAUGACUCCGAUCCUAGACUAUUUAAAAGAUGGCACGCUCCUGGAAGAUAGAGCCCAAGCACGAAAGAUGAAGGUGAAAGCACUUCGGUACCAAAUUCAUGAUGAAAAGCUUUAUCGGAAAACAUUUCUGGGACCGCUCCUAAGAUGCCUUACUCCGGAGGAAGCCAGCUAUGUCAUAAGAGAAAUUCACUGGGGAAUAUGCGGUAACCACUCCGGGCCGAGGAUGGUUGUAACCAAGGCAAUGAACGCCAGAUAUUUCUGGCCGGACAUGUAUCAAAGAGCCGUUAGCGAGCUACAAACGUGUGAAGAUUGUCAGCGGCACGCUCCCAUCAGCCAUCGGGAUAAAAACAACCUCGUCCCUGUAACUUCGGCAUGGUCGUUUCAGAAAUGGGGAAUCGACAUCGUUGGUCUUUUCCUCGUUUCCACAGGAGGAGUAAGAUUCUUGCUGGUCGCCAUUGAUUACUUUACAAAAUGGAUCGAGGCCAAGCCUCUUCAAACCAUUACCGGAGAUCAGAUACUGAGGUUUAUUUGGGAGAAUAUAGUGUGUAGAUACGGCGUGCCGCUCUGCAUAGUCAGCGUCAACGGGAAACUGUUCGCGGAUAAACCGUUCAAAACUUGGUGCGAAAAAAUGCACAUUGAGCAAAACUUCUCUUCGGUUGCCCAUCCUCAAGCCAAUGGACAAGUAGAAAGGGCCAACCGAAGCAUUGUGGAUGGUAUAAAGAAGCGUCUAGGAAGGGAAGGACUCUCCUGGGCAGAUGAGCUACCGCACGUCCUAUGGGCAAUUAGGACGAUGCCUAAAACAAGCACUAGAAAAACUCCCUUCAGUUUGACAUACGGCACAGAAGCAGUCAUUCCUGCCGAAGUUGGUAUCCCCACUCCUCUCAUGCGCCUAAGCCAAAACGAUAAUGAGCAGCAACUCUGUUUAAACCUUGACCUGGCCGAAGAAAGGAGAGAACUUGCGGCCAUCCGAGAAGCGAAAUAUAAGAAAGAGUUGGAAAAACAUUACAACUUAAAAGUUAAGGAGGUCCGGUUCAAGGAGGGAGACUACGUUAUGCGGAGGAAUGAUGCGAGUCUAAUCGAAGGAACGGGAAAAAUGUCUCCGAAGUGGGAGGGGCCCUACCAAGUUAAGACCGCUGGAAAGAAUGGUGCUUACACACUCACAAAGAUGGAUGGAACUUCUGUUCCUCGUACCUGGAAUGGAAUGCACCUGAAACGAUGUUUCCUUUGA